UCACAUGUUCUAAUAGCAGGUCUCAGACUUGGUGACCCCUAAGCCGAGACCAGUCUGUCCACUCCAGUCAUGAAGACCUUCUCUGAGUAAAAAUGAGAAGAGGUGACCUGAAGAACUGAAUUUGGUCCUUGAAAAGAAAUGAGCCCCACCAGUCGUGCCACACUCAAAAUGGCGGAACCAAUAGCCCUCUCUGCGCAGAGUGACGUCGGCGUCAGAGGUCAGGCCGUACUUUCCCGGGAAAACAAGUCAUUCAGAACUUCAAUCUGUGCAGCAAUGGAGAAGAUAACGGAGAGCUUACUGCUGGAGAGAGGAUCACCGAAAACAAGCAAGCUGGAUCGGAUCAGGACUCUGAAUCUCUCUCAAAUGGGGCUAAAGAGCCAGGACCUGCCCGUGCCCUUGCUGUCCAAACUCCUAGGUCUGGAAGAGUUGAACCUUUCAGGCAACAGGCUGCAGGAGCUUCCCAAAGGACUUUCUCUGCCCCGCCUGAAGCUUCUCGAUUGCUCCAACAAUGACAUGGAGGAUGUGACCUCCCUAGAGACUCUGAGUAGCCUGGAGGAACUUCUGCUAGAAGACAACUUCUACCUCACUGUUAAUGAUGAGCACAAAGUGAUGUUCCUCUUGCCCAAGUUGAGGAUGUAUAAUGGGAAGGACAUCAGUUCAACAGCCAAUCGCAUCCGCUACAUCAACAGUGAGAUUCUUAAGAGGCGGGUGAUUGGGGUGUGGGAAAAGGACUUCAGUCUGCCUGAUCCACUGACUGCACAGAGCCUCCGUGCAGUUGAGAAGAAAUUUGUGAAUGCAGCCUGCUUCCAAGUCAAAUACGGUCCCAGCUCUUUAAGUGACUACACUAAGUGGAGGGUUGAGAUGAUUGCAAAGGAAUACCUUAAAUCGCUUACUGACCCUAAAGAGGAGGGAGAAGAGGGAACACCAGAGACACCUGUUAAAGACAAUGAGACAGUUCUUUCUCCUUCCAAGAGGAAGCACUGUGAUCUAGGUGCCAACGCUGAGACAGAAAGCCCUCAGAAGAGAAGGGCAAAAAAUGAUGCAGCUACCACUGCUGUGGCGAGUCCAAGAAAAUCCACCCGAGUACAGAGCACCGCUCAGAAAUCCAACCCGGGCUUAUGCAGCCCAAGAACUACUGUAAUGAACGUUGGAGCUGCUCCUGAGCCAAGUCCGAGAAAAUCAAACCAUCUGCAGAACACUCCACAAAAAACAGUAAAUACCACUGCAGGUCCCAGAAAGGCACCUGGGACUCCCGCUUCAAAGGGGGCUAAAGAUCAGCCUGCGAAUCAACAGAGCAAGCAUACCACUACUCCCAAAAAGGAGAGUAGAACACCCAGGAAGGCGGUCAAAUAUGAAAUUCCACGGGAGCCAGCCAGUCUGCAGCCACUUCAUGUCCUGCAAUGUCACAGUAAGGAGAACAGUCCAGAAGACUUCAGCACCCAGCUGUGGGCCUGUGCCUUUGAGCCUAUACAGAACAGCAGUGAUGCCAGUGGCUGGGUGUGGACAGUGGCUACUUGUGGAGGGGAGUCUGUGUGUGUGAUAGACUGUGAAUCUGGGCACGUACUGAAGAAAUACAAGGUCCCUGGUGAGGAGUUCUUCACGUUGGCAUGGACCACGUUAUUGAUGUCGAGAGAGGGAGGCUGUGCCCGCUCCUGUAGCAUCCUGGCGGCAGGAGGGAAGAGGGGGAUGGUGAAGCUCAUUCACCCCAGAGUCAAUUUGGCAUACGGAGAGUUCCGUGCCAGCCGCCGCGCCAUCGCUGUCCUGCGCUUUAGCCCACGUCACCCCAGCUUUCUGUUCACUGGCACAUACGACAACAAGAUUGUCAUGUGGGACAUUGGAGGGCUGGACCGUGACUACAAUUUCAAAACUAGUCAGCUGCUAGUUCUGGAAACCGGCUCCACUCCACUACAUCUCUGCCUACCGCCCUCCUCCCCGGACACACACCUCAUCUCUGGCUGUGAAGAUGGCCUCUACAGCUUCGACAUCCAGCUCAGCAAAAACACACAGAAGAGGUCAGAAGAGAUGGAGAUUGUAUUUCCUGUGUACAAGAAAAAGGACAAGAAGGAGGAUUAUCGCACUAUUGAUGGACUCAGCUUUCUAACAGAUGACAUAGUAGCAUCUAAAAGCCAUAUGCAGGGCUCUAUCUAUCUGUGGAGCUGGAGUGGUACAAGGGCUUUGCAACAGGGGAAGAAGAAGGUAGUCUCUGCUGUUAUCCUAGCUGAGCUGCAAUGGUCUAGAACUGAUGUCCCAUACCUGUCUCUAAACACCUGCCCAGGCUUUGGCUAUGUGGUUUGUGGAGAUGAAAAUGGAAAAUUAUGGACAUACCACAUCACAGAUCUUGUCAGGUCCAACUUCAAGAGUGGAAAACCAAUUGCAGCCACAGAGGUGCUGGAGUGGCCGUCUUUGGUCCGACCUGGAGUGGGCCCAGUCGAGGGGCCUACCAUCAAUAGCGUUGCCAUGGAUCCCAAGCUUCAUUAUUUGGUUGCCCUUAGCGACAAGAACAUGGUGGUGGUUUGGAAGAGAGUGACUGAAUGAUUAAAAAAGAAAUUGAAAGAGAGAUCCAUCCUUUUGCCGUUCAUCUUAAAACACGUUCAUCUUACAGAUGAACCGAAGUCAGCGCACACGGGCCAUGGCAGUUACGUGAACAUUUUUCAAGGAGUGGACUUCUUAAGGAAUUAAGAUUUUUUUUUUAUUGUUGUUCAAAUGCUCAGCGUUGCCAGGAUUGUGUGAGUCUUAGCAGUGGUCGUUGCUCAUCUGGAAUCAGCAUUUGAAAGCUCAUUCUAGAUGAAGGUGAAAUACUGGAUAGUAUUUACUUUUACAUAUUCUUUUACUGCCACUAGUAUGACUUGUUUCUACAGAACAUCAUAUUGUGCUGAUGUGCAAUGACUGUAACUUGUUUUCCUUCUGGAAAUAAAAAAAAAAAUGGCAAACGUG